AUGUUCUGGAAGUAUAUCAUGACCCUGACGAAACAUUGCAAACAUUGGAAGAGGUUCGAUAGCGGCACGGGCUGGGCCAUGCGUCGAGAUGGCAAGAUAGAAAUGUUUGAAUUUACUUGUCCCACUCAAGCUAUGAGAAUCAGCGCCUUUAGAUACGAGUUCGUGGAAGCUAUCAAAAAAAUAAUUCGUGUUUGGGCUGGUUUACCUACUCGCGUUGCGUUUACCUCAAAUUCAUAUAGCCAGUUCUGUUUAGACGACAUUGUGGAAGUAGCGCUGACACUUAGAUUGAGCCAGACAUGCACCCUAAGACGCCGACCCGUAGGCCAGGACGUUUCACCUUUCCAGACUGACUCAUAUUUGGCCAGACUUUGCACUUUGCAAUGCACUGGACAUUUUUUUGGAUUUUGA